UCUGCCCUAAUCUGUCUUUCAGAUCGGUUGUACUUCGCUACUUUACGAAAUAAACCGAAAAGUACCGUAAAUACCCACUACUUUUGUACGGAUGAGGAACUGGUCUAUGAAAAUUUCUAUGGAGAUUUUGGACCUUUAAAUUUGGCAAUGUUAUACAGAUACUGCUGUAAACUAAAUAAGAAACUAAAGUAUUUCAGUCUAUCAAGAAAGAAGAUAGUGUACUACACCAGUUUUGACCAGCGGAAACGAGCAAAUGCAGCAUUUUUAAUAGGUGCAUAUGCUGUAAUAUACUUGAAGAAAACACCAGAAGAGGCUUACAGGACACUUCUGUCGGGAUCUAAUCCACCAUAUCUUCCAUUUAGGGAUGCUUCAUUUGGAAACUGCACGUACAAUCUUACCAUCUUGGACUGUUUACAGGGAGUAAAUAAGGCUUUGCAGCAUGGAUUUUUUGACUUUAAGACAUUUGAUGUGGAGGAAUAUGAACACUAUGAGCGAGUGGAAAAUGGUGACUUCAACUGGAUUAUUCCGGGAAAAUUUUUGGCUUUUAGUGGACCACACCCAAAAAGCAAACUUGAAAAUGGUUAUCCCCUUCAUGCACCUGAAGCCUACUUUCCCUAUUUCAAGAAACAUAACGUCACAUCAAUCAUAAGACUAAACAAAAAAAUUUAUGAGGCAAAACGCUUUACUGAUGCUGGUUUCGAGCAUUAUGACCUGUUCUUCAUAGAUGGAAGCACACCAAGUGACAGUAUAGUUCAGAGGUUCCUGACCAUCUGUGAAAAUGCUGACGGUGCCAUUGCUGUACAUUGUAAAGCUGGCCUGGGGAGAACAGGAACACUGAUUGCCUGUUACAUCAUGAAACACUACAAGUUCACACAUGCUGAAGCCAUUGCUUGGAUAAGAAUAUGUCGACCAGGCUCUAUUAUAGGACCCCAGCAACACUUCCUGGAAGAGAAGCAAGCAAUGUUAUGGCUGGAGGGAGAUCACAUCCGAUCAAAGCAGAAACAGCGAGUAGUUGAUGAAAACAUUAACAGAGUCCUUUGUGGCUUGAAUGACAUUUCCAUCAGUGACAGCCUAAAUAAAGUACAAGACUUGGAUCAAUACAGGGAGAAUGAUUUUGAAGACAAAGCAGAUGUGGAAACUCAGAAUGGCAUGACACAGGGAGAUAAGCUCAAUGCCUUAAAAAGUCGGAGACGGCCUUGUUCUGCUACAACUGGAGCUCUGAGGCUGCAAGACAUGAAACUGCACACCAGGUCAAUAUCACAACCCUUCAGACUGAAUACUUCAGGUAGCACAGAAGGAUCCAUGUCUCCUCUGAAGGCCUCCAAAGUGAUGGCAGUUAACUCACCAUCUGCAGAAAGAAUAAGCAGACUUGCCACAUCCUCAGGAUCUAACCUCAAAAGCGUUUCCAUAAACUCCAGACUAGCCAGUUCUCUAGGGAACCUGUAUGCUGCUUCAGAUGAUGAUGGGAGCAAAAUGACAUCAUCGUGCUCUAGGACAGGUUUUUCUGUAAGCCAUAUCUCCAGUCACCUGAAUGGCAGCUUGCAGCUGCCACACAGAAAUACCCGCGAGCUGAACAACAACUUGUACAACAGAAGCAGCAGUAGUGGCAACAACCUGAGCAGCCAAAGCAGUUUGCACAGCGCCGUGACAGAUGGGUACGCCCAGCCUUCCUUUAUGGGCCUUACAGCUCCUCCAGCACCAUACCAGAGUCAAUUAAUUCCUUCCCUUCAGUCUGAGUAUGUUCAGUACUAAAGCCUUGCUGCUUUGGUGAAACCUGCUGAGCUCUUCAAAUUGAUGUUCUUUAUGAAGGAGAAGAACUGAAAAAAAGCUGCUCAUUAAGAGGAGGAAUCUUCAAUACAAGCUUAACACCAAGAGAAGACCUCUUAACAGGAGAAAUUUCUUGUUAAUGACUACUGCAGAUGCAUUGAUGUUGAAUUUAUGGAAAUUACUACCCCAUGUUAUAUACACAUUUAAAUUUUUUAUGUUGAGACCGCUUGAAUAUAUUUCUAAUGAGUUUCAUUAAGACAUUUAUUAACUUGUGUACAGUGUUAAAAUAUCUAUUAAGAGAAUAUUUUGGUAAACUAUAAAAAUUAUGUAAAAAUUAGAAUAUAUUUUAAUUUAGUGUCUACUUUGCUACAAAAAUGUGUAUUUUAAAGAAUUUGUACAUGUUUAUCAAAGAUAUAAAAAUUUUUUAUGAACAAGAUGUUUUUCUUGUUUAAUGGGUCCAUCAUUAUUGCUCGAAGCCUCAUGUAAUUACUCUUUUACUAAUUGGUCUUCUGGUAACUUGAUGGAAGUCCUAACUAAUGAGAGACUAGUUGUUACAAUAUCAGCUAAAAGCACUUGAUAAAUAGUCUGCUCUCCACUUUCAGCUCCUAAUGUUUCUUAAGGAAACACCAUGAAAGAAAACUAAAGGGAAAAUAUUUGUUGAGAUAUGAUGUAGUUACAUCUUUCACUGCAAAGAGAAAGUAAUUUAUUUAAUGAUUCAGUUGUACAACUAAGACUUUCAAUUUGUCUUAAAGGAAUGUUUUGGUUUUGAUGUAGAAUGUUAAAUUUUGCUAUGCAAUAUAUACUGCAAAAAUGAAGGCAGACCAGACUGAAGUUGGUAAGAAUGUACAUAUACAGUGAAUUCAGCAGCACUGCAUACUUGCAUGUUUUGAACCUACAUUUGGCAGUAUGUGUACAAUUUCCUUAGCAACACACACUAAAUGUUGGAAGUAUAUUAAAUUUUCAUUUCUCAUUUGGAUGCUUCAUACACCUUUAGUUUUUUUGUUAAAUAUAUAGUUUAGGUAACCUCCUGUAUCAUGGAAUAUUUUUGCCAGUAAUAAAGAUGCUCUUUAACAUAUAGUUAAAUCAGAUGUUAUUACCAACGAGACUUAGAAUUAAAUGGUGUUACAGUGAGGUCCUAGAGACCAGGUGUAAAAUUUUCAGAACUCCACAAGGGCAUAGUAAGGAAAGUAAUGAGAUUAUUUGAUUUGCCACUAAUCUGUAAGACAAAACCAAAACAGAUUUGUUACCUAUUAGUUUUCCCAGUAUCUACAGAAACUUGAAAAAAAAAA